CUGGCCUCUAAUCACCAGAGAGUGCUACUACGUCUCUGAUCCUUAAAACUGUUUGAUUUUGUCUUAUUUAUAUGAUAAUUGACAAAGGGAUUGCGGCGGAGAGGAGCAGCGAGAAGGAAGAGGGAGAGCUAGAAGGAGAGGGAGAACAAAAAGAUGAGAGACUGGAAGCGGAAUGCAGGAAUCCAAGAAGACCCAGCAUUGAACAUCAUUGAUCGAUUUCAUUGAUCCGUUGGUUUGACCGAAUUCUAUAAAAAUACCAAAUGGCUUUGACGUAACAGAAGAUGCAUUCUUAAUAUUUAUCAUCCUAUGAAGACCCAGGGAAUAUGUUAUGCAGAACAGAUGUAUAAAACUGUGGCAGAAUUCCUUUGAAAUAUUUGCUCUGACCUGAGAUUAUUUGCAGUAUUUCUGGCUGGAGUGUCUACGAGAUAAAUAUUACUUAAUUCAACACGAAUAAAUUGACAAAAGCCAAAGGUAACGCUGGCAAGAAAUGCAGCAACAGCAGAAAUAUUUGUAAGGAGUAAACUGCAACAACAAAACGAAGAAGUGUAUAUGGUGAUUUGAGAACGAAAAUUAUGGAAAAAAGUGUGAAAUUUGAGCAUUUGAUUUUGCCUAAAGACAUGAUAAAAGGGAGCAGAAGAUUGUCAUAUGAUUGUGACAUCUGUCAAAAAUCUUUCCCUGAUAGAGUACAACUGACGAGGCACAUACGUACACAUACAGGAGAGAAACCAUAUUGCUGUGAUGUCUGUGGUAAAGCAUUCUCUCAAAGUAGUCACUUAACAAUACAUGUACGUAUUCAUACAGGAGAGAGGCCAUACGUCUGUGAUUUCUGUGGUAAAUCAUUCUCUGCAAGUAAUGACUUAAGCACGCACAAACGUAUUCAUACAGGGGAGAGGCCGUAUCACUGUGACAUCUGUGGUAAAUCAUUCUCUAAACACGUUACCUUAACUAGGCAUGAACGUAUUCAUACAGGGGAAAAACCGUAUCACUGUGAUAUCUGUGGUAAAUCUUUCUCUGAAAAUGUUAACUUAGUUAGUCAUAAACAUAUUCAUUCAGGAGAGAAGCCGUAUCACUGUGAUAUCUGUGGCAAAUCAUUCAAUAAAAGUUGUAAUUUGAAUACACACAGACGUACUCAUACAGGAGAGAAACCGUAUCAUUGCGAUAUCUGUGGUAAAUCAUUCUCUGCAAAUAGCGACAGAACUAGACAUGAACGUAUUCAUUCAGGAGAGAAGCCAUAUCAUUGUGAUGUCUGUGGUAAAUCAUUUUCUGUCGGUUCUCUAGUCGUUGAACAUAAACGUAUUCAUACAGGAGAGAAGCCAUAUCACUGUGAUAUUUGUGAUAAAGCAUUCGCUGUAAAUACUGCCUUAAGUAAACACAAACGUAUUCAUACAGGAGAGAAGCCAUACUUGUGUGACAUCUGUGGUAAAUCAUUCUCUUGGGGCAGCAACUUAAAUACACAUGUACGCACUCAUAAAGACAUCUGACUGCAUCCACGUUAAAAUUCACCUAAACUGGGAGUUGCCGUGUGUGUGCUGUGUCUAUUUACAUUUGUUGGGCCUUUCCUGAUAUCACCCACUUCAGGUUUCUUUUAUAGUAGUUUUGAGGGAUAUCGUUUGCUGCCAAAAUUCUGCUGAGAGAGAGAGAUGAGACGAAACGAAAAGCACCCAUAAAUAACUAUACUCUUUACUCUUUUACUUGUUUCAGUCAUUUGACUGCAGCCAUGCUGGAGCACUGCCUUUAGUCGAGCAAAUCGACCCCAGGACUUAUUCUUUGUAAACCCAGUACUUAUUCUAUCGGUCUCU